UUCAAGUCCUAAAGAUUUUCUAUUAAGCCAGCCUACUACGGUUAGUUGUUUAAUUGUGAUGACGAGUAAAACGGUGUUAGAGUUUGACCAUGACGAUAACAUGGCCUCUAAUAUCAAACGUCAUGACUUCCCUAACGAUUUCUUCUUCGGAGUAGGAUCAUCUGCUUACCAGAUUGAAGGUGGUUGGAGAGCAAACGGCAAAGGGUAUAGUAUUUGGGAUUGCUUCUGUUUGAGACACCCUGAUAAGAUUGAAGGAGGUGCAAAUGCAUGCUAUGCUGAUGAUAAUUAUUCAAGAAUAAAGGAAGAUGUUCAAUUGUUGAAGAAAAUGGGUGUAAAUUCUUAUAGGUUCUCUAUUUCAUGGUCAAGAAUAUUACCUGGUGGCAAAGUAAGCAUGGGUAAGAGUAUGGAAGGUAUCAACCAUUACAACAAGUUAAUUGAUGAGUUAUUAGCUAAUGACAUUAAACCAUUUGUCACCCUGUUUCAUUGGGAUCUUCCCAAUGCAUUGGAAGAAGAGUACAUGGGAUUUUUAAGUUCUAAAAUUGUGGACGACUUCCUUAACUAUGCGGAUAUUUGUUUUUGGGAGUUUGGAGAUCGAGUAAAGAAUUGGGUAACAAUAAAUGAACCACAUAUAUUCACCACCUUUGGUUAUGUACAAGGUCAAGGGGCACCAGGUCGAGGUGGAGAAAAUGAAGAUGGCGACCCUCAAACAGAACCAUAUAUAGUAGCAUAUAACAUACUAAAUUGUCAUGCAGCUGCUUAUAGAAGGUAUUCUGAAGAUUAUAAGGAUACCCAGAAGGGUAAAGUGGGAAUUACGCUCAAUUGCAGUUAUUUUCAACCUUAUCGUGGUGAUAGUUAUAAAAAAGACGUCCAAGCUGUUAAAUACGCGUAUGAUUUUACGGUUGGAUGGUUCCUUGAGCCAUUAACAAGAGGUACUUGGCCGGAUAACAUGGAAAAAUUUGUUGCGACUCCUUCCACUGAUCACCCAAAUGGUCGUCUUUUGCCAAAAUUUUCUACUAAUCAAAGUAAAAAGCUGAUUGAUUCAUAUGAUUUUUUGGGAGUAAACUACUACACUGCAUAUUUUACACAAUAUCAAGGUCCUUCUGAUGCAAUCCCUCUUGGAUAUUCUACAGAUUGUCACUAUGCGGUUUCAGGACAAGAUCCCAGUGGAAACUAUAUUGGAGAGCCGUCAUAUCAAGGUUCGCGGGUUUAUCUUUGUCCUCAACAACUUACAGAACUCUUAAUUUACAUUAAAAGAACCUACAAUGUUACUAAAGAUAUGAUCAUCACAGAGAAUGGGUCUUCUGAUAAGAAUGAGGCUGGUAAAACAUAUGAUCAAGUGCGUGAUGAUGAAUACCGGAUCAAAUACAUUAAGGAACAUCUUAAAGCUCUUAGAUUGGCUCGAGAAAAUAAUAUAAAUGUGAUGGGAUACUUUAUAUGGUCAUUCAUGGAUAGUUUUGAAUGGGUUUCUGGAUAUAGUAUUAGAUUUGGUAUGAUCUAUGUCGAUUUCAUGAAAGACCUUCAAAGGUACCCAAAAAAGUCAGCAAUUUGGUUUAAGAAGUUCCUUGGUGAAGACAAAAUAAUUCCUGUUAAAAGAAGCAUCACUGCUAGUGAAGACGAAGAUAACUUUGAGAAGAAUUUAAAGAAGGCGGGAAAACCAAUCGAAGCGAGCCAAAAGAUGAAGAAAGCGAGAACAUGAAAAGGAUGGAGCUAAAUAUCAUAUUCUGUUACAUGGUUAGUUACAUAUGGAAGUUUCAAAUUUGUGGGAUUAUGGUUGUGAGUUUAAAUAAACCUAAUAUGUGUUUAAUGUUUGUAACGUGAUUACCAAACAAAUAAAGAUCUCAUGUAAAUACCAUGAGAUAUCUUCAUUCUCCUAAUGUUCCAGGUAGUGUUUAUUUUUUAAAAUGUAAAAUGUAAGUAAUAUUUUUCCAUGUCUAUAAAUAGAUGUGGAGCCGAAGUCUACAUUCUAUAUAAAAAAAGACUAUUUUUUAAGUGUACAAACAAAUUUUUUAUCUAAAAAGCACAAAUCGAAUGAAAACAAGAAAAAAAAUAGAUCAAAACAUAACCAACGAAAAAAAUUAAAUAAAAAAAUUAGGAAAGAACAAGAAAAAUAAAUAAAAAAAAAACAAAUAAAAAACCAUAUACAAUAAAAGAAAUGUUUUUAUGUAUUUUUUCUUUAAAAAAGAAACAUUUUUUUCAUAUAUGAC